AUGUCACGAACAAGUGUUCUGCUGGUCGGAGCUGCGGGUGAGACCGGAGGUUCAAUCGCAACCGGUCUGCUUGAGAACCCGCUCUUUGAUAUUCAUGCGCUUGUUCGCCCUCGCUCUGCUCAGAAACCCGCUGUUGUCGCCCUACAGGAUAAGGGAGUUCACAUCCGCAAAUGCGAUCUGAAAUCGUCAGAGGAUGAGCUGGAAAAAGUCUUACAAGGGAUUGAUGUUGUGAUCAGUUGUGUUGGAUCAGCAGAGCAGCAGGACCAGAUUCCUUUGGCCAAUGCGGCGAAAAGGGCUGGCGUUCAACGAUUCAUCCCUUGCGGGUUCAUCACAGUGGCACCACCCGGCGGAAUCAUGUGGUUGCGCGACGAGAAAGAAAUUGUCUACAAUCACAUCAAGCAACUGCGCCUCCCAUACACAAUUAUCGAUGUCGGUUGGUGGUACCAGCUCUCGUACCCCAGACUCGAAUCUGGAAAAUUGGACUAUGCGAUGACGGCUUCGAACAACGAGAUUGUCGGAGACGGCAACACACCUAUGGCCCUGACAGAUCUGAGAGAUAUCGGCCGCUACGUCAGCAGAAUCAUUACUGAUGACCGCACACUGAACAAGAUGGUCUUUGCUUACAAUGAAGUCCUCACGCAAAACCAAAUAUUCAACUUGCUGGAGGAAAUCAGUCAGGAGCAGAUCACGAGGAACUACAUCUCGGAAGAGCUGGUUCAGAACAGGGUUCUUGCUGCGCGUCAGUCAAGCGAGACCUACCCCUUCGAUCCUGUCAAGUUCAUUCCUCGAUACCUGGCCGAAUACCAACUGUCAUGGGGAAUUCGUGGCGACAACACUCCAGAGUAUGCCGAUUACCUGGGUUAUCUGUCGUGCAAGGAUCUCUACCCCGACUUCCAUCCUAUCGAAUUCAAGGAGUAUCUCAGCUCGGUAUUCGGCGGAACUGCCAAGGGUAUCUACACGGAUCGAACUAUUUCCAAGGCCCAGCAGCGCAUGUUCCCGCGAAGCGAAUCCACCGACUCUUUGCAAGGUCGCUUCUUCCCCAGGACCGAGUCCAGCGACUCCCUUUACAUGUCCCGAUAA